UUACGUUGUAACUUUGAGGAUCUGCACGACGCGCUUAGCCCAUUGAUUCGAUAUAUAGUCUUUGGAAAGAUGACGGAUAUCUAUUGUAUCUCCUGUAAACAGUUGUCUGAUGAUAAUCACCGAAAUGUGUUUGAUGAAAAAUUGUUGCUUAACUUACAAGAAAAAAACACACAUGAGAAAUCUGACGGAUAUAUGACACUGAGGGAUGCUAUCGAAUUAAUUACUGGUCAUACAAUAUCAGAGAUAGAUAAUGCAAUUUUGUGUAACAAAUGCUUUUAUAAAGUGGAAUCAUAUAUAAAAUUCCGUUCUCAACUUGUUGCUUCAUUUGGAAAAUUAAACAUCCAAAUAUCAGACUGUGAUUCACUAAAUUUAACAAGUGUGGAUACUACGAAUACUUCACUAAUCUCUAAAAUAACUACUACAGAAUCAGAAAUAUUCAAGGAGAUAAUAAACAUCAAUGAAAACAGUGUUUCCUCAAACUGUAGCAUUAAUGUAGAGCUAUCGAGUAACGAGACGUCAUUAUGUUUAUCAGAUUUCCAUCAUUAUGUUGAUAAUGUCUCUGAUGAUGUCAGUGAUAUUGAUGAUUAUUUGAAUGUUGAUAUAUCUCAUUCAAAGAUUCAGAAGAGUGAUAUAGAAUCAGAUAUAAAUGUAUGUUCUUGCGAAGACGAUGAAGUAUUAGAAUUACCUGUCGAAUAUAAACACAGUGAAGUUAUCAAUAUCAGUUCAACAGAAUCAGAGGAAGAUUACGAUUAUGGACCAACUUUCAAAAAAAUUAAGCUUUCCAAUCGAAUUUCAUCUCCAGUGAUAUCAUCUUAAUGUAAUAAUUUAUGAAGAUUGUACAUAAUUGUAUGUUUAAUAAGUAUAAGAUAGAUCGAUUGAAGAAAAAAUUUUUUAAUAAUUCAAUUUCAAAUGUUAUAUGCAUGACAGACUUAGAAAUAAAUACGUCACCAUUUAAAAAUAGCAAUCAAAAGAUAUUAUAAAAAGUAUAUAGUGUCUAUACAUAUACAUAUAUGUGUUGUGCACCGUCAGGUUUUGAGAUAGGGAAGCACCAAUAAUUAAUUGCUCUGUAUAUAUGCUUAAAUAUAAUAUAUAUCGAAUAGUGCAUCCUAUUUUGUGUAAUUUAUAAAUUUAUGUUA